AUGAUAAUUGCCGAAAAGAAAUGUCUUUAUGACAUGAUAUCUGCGACAAACUGUCCGUAUAUAUUAAAUGUGUGGUCACCAAGAAGGCGUACAUGUUUUUCCAAUGACAAUGUUGUCCUGAACGCGGCCAUUUCCUCGGCCGUCCAUGAAAUACUCUCGGUUGCUUUGGGCAAGGCCUUCGACUUUGUGGAUAUGCAACCAGGGGCGGACUGGGCGGUCGGGCAUUCGGGCGCGGACCGAGGCCAGGAGAACAUUGGGGGCCCGGAUUUCACUAGAUUUCGAAUGACAACAAACCAUUUGUCCAAAAAGUCACCUAUAGCGGAAAUCAGCGUUAUAUUCUUUAUAGCACUUCAGACUCUGCCCUUUCGAAGUAAACAUUCAGAAUCUGUAGCAACUGCUUUUGAUUACAGUACACCUGUAGCAGCUGUUGUAAACCACGGCAAUUUUCUAGGGGCUGUGAAACUUAUUGCUGAGUUCUAUCCAACCCUGGAAGCUUAA